AUGUCGAUCGAAGAACAUAUCGAACGUCAAAACGACUACAUUUGGCGCAUCUCUCGUGCCGUCGACAACCUGCGCAAGCUCGGCGAGGCAAAAAUCACUUACGGGCAGGUGAAGUCGCGGCUUAAUGCUUUAAAUUCAAGUUGGAAUAAGUUCCAAGAGAAUCACGAAAAGAUCAGCGAGAUCAAGUUCGCAGCAAAAGGUGAUCAACUCGACGCGAUCAAAAAGCUUUCGUACUUCGCGAAAGAUUAUUACGGGCUGUGUGAAGAGCACUUCUUGAGCGGCGAAGGGGUGAUGCUUGACCUUCUCGAAUCGCUAAAGCCUGCGUCUGCAGCAACCGCGCAAGCCGCUGCAGCUCCUCAAGACGCACCAGCAGGAGGAUCAUCAAAACGGUUACCGCGUAUCGAACUGCCCACUUUCGCGGGCAGCUACUCAGAAUGGAAGCCGUUUCACGACCUCUUCUCGUCGAUGGUUCGCGAAAAUUCGCAACUUUCGGAAGUGGAAAAGCUGCACUACCUCAAAACCAGUGUGACCGAUGAACCGUUACAACUUAUCAAAAACAUUUCCCUCACCGCAGAAAACUUCCCUCGAGCUUGGGAAACUCUCGUCUCACGAUACGAAAACAAGCGGCUUCUGACUGAUUCUCAUCUCGCGACACUUUUCGCGAUUCCUCGUGUCACUAAAAAAUCAUCAUCGGAACUAAAGAGCUUGCACAGCAACACUUGCGAAGCUCUUGGCGCGCUCGAACUUCUCGAUGGUCCCGAGAAAUUAGGGGAUCACAUCAUCGUGCACAUGACGAUUCGCAAGCUCGACCCAGCAUCUCUCGAAGAGUGGGAGAAAAGUGUUAGCGAGAAACUCGAGCCCCCCUCGUUUGCGGAGCUCAAGGCGUUUCUCAUCGGUCGCAUCCACACCCUCGAAGCCGUGGAGCAAGCUCAUGCUCAUAAUCAAAUCGCGACGUCGAAACCGCACUCAUCGCAAGGAAGGUCAAAUCUUCAGACGACAAGGUCACAUACGGCGCAAUCAAAGGAACAGUCGUGUGCUUGUUGCAAAGGCAACCACUACAUCGCGUUCUGUUCAACCUUUCGCGACAAAUCUCUGGAUCAAAGAAGGGAAGUGGUUUCUGCGAAAAAGCUUUGCUUCAAUUGUCUCGGUCCACAUCAGCAGAAGGACUGUCGAUCCAACAAAACGUGUCGCGUGUGCAACGGUCGACAUCAUUCCUUGCUGCAUCGAAACUCUUCCUCAAUCUCGACAGCUGCCAACAGCGGCACAUCUCAAGGACAGGCCGCAGUAGCGCAACCUGCAGUGCAGAACGCACCGAUCUCGAACAGCGCCUCUCAGGUGAGCAACCACUCAGCUCAGCCUACAAUGAUCAAGCGCUCUCCAGUUCUUCUCGCCACAGUGCAAUUGAUCGCUUCGAAUCCGGAGACUGGAGAAAGAAUCAUCGCUCGCGCUCUACUCGAUCAAGGAUCCGAAAGUUCAUUCGUCACGGAGUCGCUAGCGCAACAAUUGCGACUACGUCGGCAUCAAGCAACGAUACCGAUCAUUGGCGUCGGAGCUCAUCAAUCGGCAGUGACUCGCGGCAUCGCGACAUUGCAACUCCAAUCUCGUGCUCACACCUCGUUCUCAUGUCAGGUGGAGGCACUCGUGCUUCCACGACUCACAUCGUAUCUACCCUCAUUUCGACUUCUCGUCGAAGACUGGCCUCAUCUACGAGGACUCAACCUCGCGGAUCCAAGCUUUGCACAUCCCAGUCAAAUCGACGUAAUUCUCGGAGCUGACAUCUACAGCAACAUCAUUGGUCAAGGAGUUAGAAGAGGAGCACCAGGAACACCAAUCGCGCAAGAAACUCAGUUCGGUUGGGUCCUCUCCGGCUGCGUUUCAGAGGAAGCAGCAAGCUCCUCGUAUGGCGCAAUCCAAGGCUUCCAAUGCUCCCUCGAUCACGAACUGCUCGAUCUCGUGCAGCAGUUUUGGAAGCAGGAAGAAGUGUCGAAACCUUUGGCACUAACUUCCGAAGAAGAGCGUUGUGAGCAACACUUUCGCGAAACGGUUUCUCGAACUGCGUCCGGUCGUUACGUAGUUCGGCUGCCGCUCAAAGACAAUUCGGUAGAGCUCGGCAACUCGCGGAAUCCCGCGCAUCAAAUGCUCCUUCGUUUGGAGAAACAGUUCGGUAGCGACGCGAAACUCAAGGAGGCUUACUCGAGCUUCCUUCGUGAAUAUCGUGAACUCGGGCACAUGCGUCGCGCUAUCAAUACACCUGAAGACAAUUCCCGCGUGUUUUAUCUUCCCCAUCACGGUGUAGUUCGCGACAGCAGUUCAACAACAAAGUUGCGUGUCGUGUUCAACGGGUCUCAAAGAACCAACCUCGGACUCUCUCUCAAUGACAAUCUUCUCGUCGGUCCAAAAGUGCAAACCGACCUCGCGGACGUUCUCUUACGCUGGCGACAAUAUCCAGUCGCGUUCUCAUCAGACAUCGUCAAGAUGUACCGACAAAUUUUGGUCCACAAUGAUGACCAAGAUUUUCAGCGAAUCCUCUGGAGGGAAGAACCAGAGCUACCGAUUGAAGAAUAUCAACUGACUACGGUAACGUAUGGUCUUGCAAGCGCUCCAUAUCUCGCGAUCCGUGUUCUUCAUCAACUCGUUCAGGACGAAGGUAAGCAGUAUCCCUUUGCGAGCCACGUCAUUCUCGAGAACACGUACGUCGACGACAUUCUCUCAGGAGCAGAGGACGUUGAUCAAGGUCGCGAGAAAAUAAACGAACUCAAUCAAUUGCUCAAGGCGGGCGGCUUUGAACUUCGAAAGUGGACUUCAAGCCACCCAGAAACUCUCGUUGACAUUUCUCGAAACCAUCAAGAGAUCGCGAUGCAUCUGAAUCUCGAUCAAAGUCCAUUCUUUCGGGCUCUCGGUCUUGCGUGGAGACCAGACAUCGACGCGUUUGCGUUCUCUCCGCAAAUUCAUCAAACUCGGGACAAUUUCACGAAACGAAAAGUUCUCUCACAAACCGCGCAGCUCUUUGAUCCUCUCGGAUGGCUCUCGCCGAUCACGAUCAGAGCCAAAAUCUUUAUGCAGGAAUUGUGGGCACUCGGUUUCGACUGGGACGAGCCGCUCUCAACUUCAUUAUCCUCGCGAUGGAUCGAGUUUCUACAAGAUCUUCAAGGCAUCUCAGCUAUCACCAUCCCACGAUGGAUCGGGUCAAGUUCAGCAUCUCUCGGGAUAGAGAUCCACGGUUUCGCGGACGCCUCUCAAAGUGCAUUAGGCGCAGUGAUCUACGCGCGAACGUAUAUCAACACUCACGAAGUGCGCGUUUCACUAGUGUGCGCGAAAACUAAAGUAGCGCCGCUAAAGAAAGUGAGAAUUCCUCGUCUCGAACUCUGCGCCGCGAAUCUUCUCGUCCGGUUGAUGUGUCAUGUGGAAAAGACUCUUAAUUUCGAAAACAUCCCGGUUUAUCUGUGGACGGAUUCCACAGUCGCGCUCGCGUGGAUCAAAAGCCACCCAUCGCGGUGGAAGGAAUUCGUUCGUAAUCGCGUAACGGAAAUCCAAGAGUUCGCGCGCGCUCGUUGGUAUCACAUCUCGGGUUUUGAAAACCCCGCUGAUCUUGCGUCUCGUGGUACAUCUCCGGAGCAACUUCAAAAAUCAGAACUUUGGACCUUCGGACCAUCCUGGCUCUCGAAGCCUUCUGUCAAUUGGCCAUCCUUAGCUCCGCGACCGGAAGAAAACAUUCAUCUCGAGGAAAGAAAAGGGCUGUCGACGCACACCGCAACAGCUAAGCCGCUACAAAUCUGGGAUCUCGUCGAUCGCUACUCAAAACUAUCGACUCUCCUCAAAGUCACAUCAUUCUGUAAACGCGCAGCAAAUCGGUUCCUCGCGAAGACGACAUCGAAUCGCGUAAACACGUCUAUCACUGUCGGACCAAUCUCUACUCUCGAAUUGAGCGACGCUCAACUGUUUUGGACCAAGGUGACCCAGCAGGCGUACUUUGCAGAAGAAAUUCGCCAAAUCGAGACAAGCUCAAGUCUCACUCGAAGUCAUCCACUAUCGCGACUCACGCCGUUCAUCGAUUCGAACGGAUUCCUCAGAGUCGGUGGUCGACUGAAUCACUCAUUGCUUUCGUAUGACGAAAAGCACCCGUUCAUCUUGCCUCGCGAGUCAUCGUUCUCCACAUUGAUCAUCGAUCAUCAUCAUCGGUUGACGCUCCACGGAGGUCCGCAACUCACUCUCGCUACAAUCCGACAGCGGUACUGGAUCCUGGGAGGAAGAGUACCGAUCCGCAUGUUCAUACAUCGUUGCGUUCCUUGUGCGCGUCAUCGCGCCACCCUCAGCAGCCAACAGAUGGGCCAACUCCCUCAGUCUCGAGUCACGCAAUCAAGGCCGUUUCUUCACUCUGGCGUUGACUACGCUGGUCCAUUCUCGAUUCGAGUCUCCCGCGGAAGAGGAGCGAAAUCAUGCAAGGGAUAUAUCGUUAUCUUCAUCUGCUUCACGACCUCGGCUGUGCAUCUCGAGCUAGUUUCGGACUACACGACGGAGGCAUUCAUCGCGGCGUACAAACGCUUCACAUCUCGACGAGGAAUUUGUGCCUCAAUCGCAAGCGAUUGUGGAACGAAUCUCGUCGGCGCAGACUCAGAACUUCGCCGUCUUCUCGCUGCAUCGUCCAAGGAGUUCGCAGAAAUCGCAAACACCCUCGCAUCACACGGAACCCAGUGGCGGUUCAAUCCUCCCUCCGCGCCUCAUUUCGGUGGAAAAUGGGAAGCAGGAGUGAAAUCAGUCAAAUUUCACCUCAAACGAGUCAUCGGAGAAGCUACUCAAACGUUCGAGCAAUUCGCGACGUUCCUCACGCAAGUAGAAGCCACGCUUAAUUCUCGACCUCUUUGCGCUAUCUCGGACGAUCCACGGGAUCCAAGUGCCUUGACUCCAGGACACUUUCUCGUCGGCUCAGCAUUGAACACAAUUCCUGAGCCGUCACUCAUCGAGGUGCCAGUUCAACGGCUAUCGCAUUGGCAACACUCGCGUUAA